AUGUCGCCAGCAUCAACAAUCAUCAGUCGAUUCUCCCAUCAAUUGGCUCCUUAUCUGUGUGAACACACAUUCCAUAUUGGUGACGCCAACGAUUAUGAACAAAAAGAAGAAGCUUAUCGAGAAAAAACGAAGGCGUAUAUCGAACUAGAAAAUGAUCCUCUAUGCAUAGUUUUUGACAAGACAGUCAAUUUGCUCAAUGAUCUUCGUUCGAAAAAGCAUAUUCUUGCAUGGCAAUUUGAUAAAAUGAUGCCGAAACGAGAGAACGCUCAACUAGCUUAUCUGUAUUUUGUUCCAAAACCACAUAAGGAAGGAACACCCUUAAGACCGAUUGUGUCCUCAAUGCAUAUACCAACAACUGGCAUUUCCAAGUUUCUUGAUCGACUCCUUCGACCGUUAUUUGAUAAACAUGUUCGCUCAACUACAAUUAUCGAUGGUGUUGAUCUCAUUCGACGACUUCAAGCGUACACUACAAAUGGAUAUUUGAAGCCAACAACCUAUUUGUGCACAUUUGACAUCACAGAUUUAUAUACAAUGUUACCACAGGAAGAAUCUCUCGACAUUCUAACUGAAUUUCUUCUAGAACAUGGAUAUACCAAAGUGAAUGCAGUGUCCAUUGACGCCAUUCGGAAAUUAGCUCGUCUCGUUCUCACAGAAAAUGUAUUCACUUAUGAGAAAAGAUUCUAUCGACAGGUGGUCGGCGGUGCUAUGGGCUCCGCAUUUACUUCGACCUUAGCCAAUGUUUUCUUAUGGAAAUGGGAAAAACGAUUAGUUCAGCAGCAGCUAAAUACAAACGAAAUCUAUGGAAGGCAUGUUCAGUAUAUCGAUGAUAUCUUCUUUACUUCGGAUCAACUACUGAACAAAAUCAAUGAAAUGUUAGAUGAUGCCAACGAUUUCCAUCAAAAUAUCAAAUUAGUUCGACAAAUUGGUAAGAAUGUAUCAUUCUUAGAUAUGCUUAUUGAAAAUGAUCAUGGUACAUUGAGAACAUCUGUGUAUCACAAAGAAGCAGCCGAGCCAUACACAGUACCAUUUAAUUCUGAUCAUCCUCAUCAUACCUUCAGAAAUGCCAUUGGCACAGCACUUUUGCGUGCUGUACGCUAUUCAUCUACACUAUCAACUUUUCAAAAAGAACAACGUACAAUCUAA